AGCUGUUAGUCAUUUGACAGCUGCUCGCUCCGCAUGUGUUGAAAAUGACUCGUAAGACUUCGAGGGGGAAGCUUUUUGUUUUUUAAAUGUCGCUUUUUCAUUUUUCUUUCAAAAACAACUUUGAAAAGUGGAUGCUACUUUGUCUAGCAUUUGUCUUAUGCCGUCUAAACGGGGGAGUUUUUCUGUCUUGACGCCACCUGUUGUGACUCAGUCGAAACACAAACAAGAUGUCGCCAUGAGCCUUGCUGAGCCAUCUGACGGCUCCCAGGGUAUCCCUUCCUUGGGUGAUGCAUGGGAGCAGCCCUGAGCUCAUCUUCUGGAAAUAGCACCAAGAAGGGGGGGCGGGUGCUCAUAGUGGAGGUAUAUCAAGGCGAGAAGUGACCACACCAGCCAGACAAAGAAGCUCAAGAAGAGAAGGAACAAGACGUCCACCCGAGCUAGUUUCCGCUCCAGAACGGCAACCUCAUGUCCCGACACGCAGCCCUGAGUAGCCUCUUUGGCGAUGACCCUUUCUUCAGCCAGGGAGGGCUCCUGUGGCCCCUUUCCUCGCUACGACAGGACCUCCUCACCCGCAAAGUUGGGCUAGCCGACAGUUUCUUCAAGGAUGGAUCUGGAUUCUUUAAUUCACCCCGCUUGGCCUCCACUUUUCUCAGAAUGGGCGACCAAGACGAAGCCGAAGAAGAGGAGACGCGGGCUCAGGUCCGGCAGGAUCAGGUCCAGCGGGCUUCGCCGCACGACGACCUCCUGGUGACCCUGGACGCCCGCGGCUACGCCCCCGGCGACAUCAGCGUCAAACUGGAGGGACGCAGCCUGCUGGUGAUGGCCACCAAGCAGGCGGGCGCUCAGGAAAGCAACUCCUGCUCAUCUCCGUCUUCCAAAGCCUCCUUCGCCUCCUCAGCCGCCUCACAGGUGGGCUUCAAGCAGAGGAUCCACCUCUCGCCUCAUCUGGACCUCUCCGGACUGUCCUGCUCUCUAAUGGAGGACGGACAGCUGCGGAUCCACGCCCCGGUGGCUAAGCAGGCCAUCACAGAAGGGCCCAAAGAGCCGAUGGCGGAGGAGCCCAAAGAGCCGAUGGCGGAGGAACCCAAAGAGCCGAUGCCGGAGGAGCCCAAAGAGCCGAUGGCGGAAGAGAAAGAGGGGGCGCCCCCUGUCUUCAGGGCUUCCCUGGAAUUCCCCAUCACUCAGGAGCAAACUGAGGCCCAACAAACACACUAGCAUCGUUUGGAGACCUCCAACUACUUUCAAAAAAAAUAUUUGAGUUGCACUACAAUUUUUUUUGCAUGUGAUGUAUGACUUUGGACUUAAUUCAAGACUUAAUUUCGACACAUUCUUUGUCAUUGACUAAAUACUUUUUUCUAAUGUCUGCUAUGGUCUGAUGUAUAGUCCAGUGAUGUCCAGUAGAGGGUAGCAGAGCGUAAACAUACUUAAUUUUUCAACUUUUUUCUUUUUCUUUUAAUUGGCUGGCGACUAGUAGAGGGCGUACCGGGGCCUCGCCCAAAGUCAGAUAAGAGAACAUCAGAAUAUGGAUGACAGAAGUUUUUAUUUGCCAUCCAAUCGAAAUGUUUUUGAGCCAAAGAUGACAUUUGUUUUCUAUGUUCAGCUAUUACAUUGAAAUAAAUCUUUUCACUUGACAUAA